CGUCACGCCCCCCUCCACCCUUGGCUGCUGUAUGAACGGUAUAGGACGGGGAAGCUUCUCGCACGACGUGCGACGCAGAAGAUCGGCAAGGAGGAGACGCGGCGACUGACGCGCCCCCAUCGUCUACCCUGCACUCCUCUCCCGCGUCGCCGAGGCCUUCCGCGUGCGCGUUCUUGAGCGGCGACAUGCCUUGCCUUUGCGCGCGCGCUCAGCAAGUUCAUCCUGACCCUGCAUCCCAACUCGGCGUCCAUGCAGGAGAGCGGCUUCUCACCCUCGCACGACCCCUCCUCCACCGACUCACCGCUACCGUCGCUAGGUGAACCCGAGCGCGACGACUCAAGAUGCACCCUGCGCUCUGCUCAGACGCGCUACAUGCGUUCGAACGUGUCAACAAGGAGGGCAAGGGCAAGCUGGCGGCGGAGAGACAAGACGGGAAAGGGAGGGCUGAUUGUUACGAGGCCUUGAAGCCUACGCACCUUGGACCGCGCCGCUUCACUGUCUCAAGGCCGACGUCCCGUCCUUCGACCUCACGCACCGCCGCCACGCACUGUCCCUCCACUGACGGCGACCCCUGUCCUCGUCCACACCUACGCCCACAUUCACUGCCGUCUGCACCCCCGGAGCGCACGCUGCCUGACGACACGCAAAGGAUCGCGGCCGUUCGAGUGUGGACGAGGAGGAUGAGACCCAGCUGGUGGUACGUCGUCAUCUCUUACUCCCGUUGUACCCUCGUCCUGCCAUGGGCACUCGUGUGCUCGGCUCGGUCAAGUGGUGAUCCGGGAUCCGGGAUCGUCCCCUCAGGUCCACGCGGGCGCUUUCGCCUGGGACUGAUAUCCGCCCCCACGCUCGUCUCCUCGACACCACUCACGGCCGCCUACUCGUCCCCUCAAACGCCUCGACGUUCAGUCCCUCGAACCCCCAACUGUCGACUGCCUGCAGAUCGGACGCGGCGCCUCGUCGAGGACAAGGAAUGGCUGGAAGGAAGAUACGAGGUGGGAAGAGGGUUGAAACGGACAACGAAGACAUGCACGAUGGAUGGGAACUCAUUGAGCAAGCCGGGGAGUUUCGCCCUCUCCCGGAGAUGGGUAUCCGCCGCGCUCGUGUUGUGA